AUGAUAAAACUACAGUGGUACGACAUCAAUGUCAAAUACAGGAAAGGAACUAUGAUGUACAUUUCAGACACUCUAUCACGGGCCUACCUAGAGGAAAGCGGUGACGAGGAGACAGAGAAAGCUAGAUCAACAAGAAGUGAACUUGAAACUCUCAUGAGCACCAUUCAAACAGGAUGGCCAGACACAAGGAAUGAAUCUCCUUAUGAGGUCAGACAGUACUUCAUCUCGAGGGAUCAGUUAUCCGUUCUUGACAGCAUUGUGUACAAGGGAAGUCGUAUAGUCAUCCCACCCAGCUUGCGGAAAGAGAUGCUUAACAUUAUACACAAGUCUCACCUUGGGAUAGUCAAGUCAAAGAGUCGCGCAAGAGAGGUCAUGUAUUGGCCAGCCUUGAAUGCUGACAUAGAGCAGGCCGUAAGUGACUGUCCAUAUUGUGCAGAGUAUCAGAAAAAGCAAAACAGAGAGCCUCUUAUGCCAACACCAACUCCAGAUCUACCAUACACUCGUGUUGGAACUGAUGUAUUUGAAUUCAUAGAACUCAGAUCAGAGACAACUACAGCCAUAAUAGAAGCCUUGAAAAUAGUUUUCGCAUGCCAUGGACUUCCAGCAAAACUCGGGUCUGACAAUGGACCACAAUUCAGCUCAGCUAACUUCAAAACCUUUUGCGUAGAGCUUGGAAUUGAACACGAAAGAAGCAGCCCUCAUUUUCAAAGCUCGAAUGGCGAGGCUGAGAGAGCAGUACAAAAUUUAAAAAACCUAUGGACAAAGUGUGAUGACAAGCAACUUGCUCUGCUAGAUUACAGAACAACUCCACUAGAAAACAUUAAUCUGUCACCAGCUCAACUAUUAAUGGGACGCAGACCUAGGAACACGCUUCCAGCAUCACAAGAUUUACUUAAACCAGCAACACAUGACCUAAGAAAAGUACAGCAACACCUUAAUGCCCAGAAAACCAAGCAGGAAUUUUACUAUGACAGGAGAAGAAAUGUGAAGGAAUUAUCACCCCUAGACAAUGGAACAACAGUCAGAAUGGAAACACUUGGUCCUAAGUCCUUAUCCCCAGGCAUUGUCGUACAGAAAACAGACCAACCAAGAUUUUAUGUAGUGAAAAGCAAAGGAAAACUUCGCAGAAAUCGGGUUUACCUCCACAAAUCAAGAGAACACCUUCAGGAUGAACCGGUUGAGCAGGACAUUCCCAUGGAAGACAGCAGUCCCAAUGAGCCUACCAUAGAAAAUGCUGCUACACUUCAAGUCAGAAACAAACCCGUCAAUCACAAAAACGCACUCCAAACCAGAUCAGGACGAAUCGUUAAACCUCCUGAGAAACUCGACUUGUGA